AUGGACUACUCCUACCUCAAUUCGUACGACUCGUGCGUGGCGGCCAUGGAGGCGUCCGCCUACGGCGACUUCGGCGCCUGCAGCCAGCCCGGAGGCUUCCAGUACAGCCCCCUGCGGCCCGCCUUCCCCGCCGCGGGGCCGCCCUGCCCCGCGCUCGGCUCCUCCAACUGCGCGCUCGGCGCCCUCCGCGACCACCAGCCCGCGCCCUACUCGGCAGUGCCCUACAAGUUCUUCCCGGAGCCGUCGGGCCUGCACGAGAAGCGCAAGCAGCGGCGAAUCCGCACCACGUUCACCAGCGCGCAGCUCAAGGAGCUGGAGCGCGUCUUCGCCGAGACCCACUACCCUGACAUCUACACCCGCGAGGAGCUGGCGCUCAAAAUCGACCUCACUGAGGCUCGCGUGCAGGUCUGGUUCCAGAACCGCCGGGCCAAGUUCCGCAAGCAGGAGCGCGCGGCCAGCGCCAAGGGCGCGGCGGGCGCCAAGAAGGGCGAGGCGCGCUGCUCGUCCGAGGACGACGACUCCAAGGAGUCCACGUGCAGCCCCACGCCCGACAGCACCGCGUCGCUGCCGCCGCCGCCCGCGCCCGGCCUGUCCAGCCCGCGCCUGAGCCCCAGCCCGCUGCCCGCCGCCCUGGGCGCGGCGCCCGGCCCCGCCGCGGGGCCACAGCCGCUCAAGGGUCCGCUGUGGGCCGGCGUGGCGGGCGGCGGGGGCGGCGGGCCGGGCGCGGGCGCGGGCGCGGCCGAGCUGCUCAAGGCCUGGCAGCCGGCGGAGCCCGGACCCGGGCCCUUCUCGGGGGUGCUGUCCUCCUUCCACCGGAAACCCGGCCCUGCGCUGAAGACCAAUCUCUUCUAG